AUGUUUGAAGCACAAGAACUUGCAGAAAUUUCCACGGAGCUCAAGACAGAGCCCGUGACGUCUGGAAAAGAAAACGACAUCUAUCGGGGCGUGUCUCAUCCUCGUGACCUUGUCUCUCCUCGCCUCAGGCGCUGCGGGGGCGGCGACCCAGCCAGCGACCGGUGGGCGAGCACUUCGGAGACCGGCGGGCGAGUGCAUCGGAGAUCGACGGGCGACCAACCCCCUGAGCACCGCAAGACGAAGAGGACACCGAGAGAGAGACAAGAAGCAGGGAGCCAGAGCCGAACUUGGGGAUGCCGGAGCCACCGCGUUCGCCUCCUGCUGGAUUUACAUCGGAGCUGUAGCUGGAGCAGCAGUACAAUGUCUGAAUCUAAUUCUGAGGAAGAUCUUACAAUGUCUGAAUCUAAUUCUGAGGAAGAAGAAGAUGAUGAAAUGAUGAUGCUUGUCUUUCCAGCAUUAUACUUAGCUUCUACCAAAACCAAAACUCUUGGUUUCAAUGUUUGCAAAUUGUGGCAAAAUCAAUAAGCUUUGAUCCAUUACUGUCUUCCUAUCUUGGACUUGUUCCUGUUCUAGAGUUGUUAAUAUAAACUGCCUUGUAACAGAAAAAUUAAUGAGUUGUGAGCUGGUCUGGAGUUGGUACUUGCAUUAAUAUGCUGCUGGUUAAUGGAAGCUUCGAUCAGAACAUAUACUGAUCAGAAGCUGGUUCCUGUGAAAAUAUAUUGGCUCAUGUUAAAAUAUGUUGU